AUGGCAGAGACGUAUAAUCUUCAGCCAGGACCUCCUCGUGUUCUUAUUGGGAACUGGGUGGAAGAAAAGGCGUUCUGGGACGCCAAGAAAGCUUACCAGCAACGCCUAGCCAACGGCGAGGAAAUCCUUGAGCCCGCGUGCCAGACUCUCGAGCUGCAAGCAGGGUCCCUCUUUCUGGACCAGGAGUUUUGCACGACUAAUAAUGACUACGGAGACUUUACGCAGAGCAAUAAGCCUGUGUACGGUAAGCCGCAGGUAGCGCCCACAAGUGUUGCUGCGGCACAGUUGGCGGCGGCCAAGAAAGAGGAGACCUGCGCACUGCUCGACCAGACAAAGGCACACGAUAUAUUUGGUACCAGCGGAAAGCCUCUGGCUUCUAAUGACGACAUGCUUUCAGUGACACGCUCAACCUACUACAAAGAUGAGCUGGAUCCCAGGCCCAGGCUGCCCCUCUUUGAGGAGCACAUCAAACUCUACAACACCAGCCGGCGCAAGUGCGAUGGGUCUGGGCCCGUCUGUCAGUAA